UCACAUAUUCCUGUCAGGGCACGGGGGUGAUUUGUAGGCACAGUGGAGUAGAGUGGAGCAGGUUUGCUUUCCUGACAUCACCAGGGGUAGGGGCAGGGACACACCCCUUCCCUGCCCUGCCCCAAGCCGAAUCUGAGGGGAAGUCCACACCACGGAAAAAAUCUGACUCAGUCUGAGAAAACUCAGCAGCCUUUGGACAUAGAGAACACAAGCAAGACAUUCUUGGAGGCUCAUUUCUCAACUGCCUGCCGUUGAAGGAUUUUUUAAAUCACUGCUCAUCGUUUCUUCAUCCCCCUGCUCUCAAAAUGGCCAGCUCCAAGUCCUCCCAGACCACCCGCAACAUCGUGAUUGCGUUUCUCGCUCUGUGGUCCGUGAUUUCUCUCAUCAUCAUCGUGGUGUGGGCAACCUCCCCUGACUUGAAAGGUUCCAGCCAGUGCAGGGCUGAGCUUCAGACGGCGAUAGAGAAGCUGGAGGGAGCCAAGGUGGUGUGGGCUAAGGACAAGGCAGCCUUGGAGGACCUGGUGCGACAGGGUUGGGACAACCAAACCCUCCUGAGCAGACAGAUCAGCGAGCUCGUGGAGGCGCUGCAAGAAACCAACAUAUCUCUGAGCGACUGUGAGGAGGAGAAUAAACUUUUGAAUGCAAACAUAACAGUCCUGGUAAUGGAAAUCGAGGAACAUGAAAAAACGGAGGCGAACCUAACUUCAGAAAUCGCACUACAGAAAGACCAUAUCGAAAGCCUGCAGCUGAACUUGACUCAGAUUUCCCAUCAGUUUGAGUCAUGUGAGGCCUUGCGCAGUGCAGCUGAGAGCCAGCAGAGAGCAGCAGAGAGCCAGAAGAAAGCGUGCGAGAGCAGCAAGCAUUACAUACAAAAGCAACUUCAGCGGUGCAAGGAUGAGAGCCCCAAUACCUUAAGAACGACUGGAAACAGAACGCCCGGUCUCUACUCCAGCCCCCUGGUCCUGUUCUUCUGUGCCAUGGGCCUUCAUUGGCUCUCAUCUUGAAUGUGUUGCAGAGCUACUGGGCUUGGUGAAGUAUUCCAGUUGAACACUGUUCUACCAAAUGAUGGCAAGAUGAUGCACUCUCAAUCUGGACUUGAAGAACGUAAAUGCGUUCAUAAAAACUGCUGUAAAAAUGAAGAAACCAUGCUGUCGGAGGAGAGGAUAACCAGCCAAACAGAUAAAGAGAUUUGUUCCACUUUAUAAUCUACCACAAAAUGAAAAGACAUUAGUAAGAGAUCACCUGGUGUAAAUGUAAUUAAAACAUUAAGCUUGGAUACAAUUUAAAUAAAGAAAACUUUAUAUUAUACUUUGCUUUCAUGUACUUUGAAUAAUUUCACAAGUUCUUUUAGGUAUAUAUCAGUGUUUGGAUUGCAAAAGAAUAAUCAAAUUGUUUACAACCCAAUUCUUUUUAUACCCGAAGAAGUUAUUCUAAAACCAGAUGCAAAAUUAAAAUCAUUAAACUGUAAUGGUAUUUGUAUUUAUUUAUUAAUUACCAUUAUAAAAGUUUAAAUGAGCUACAGUAUUUCAGAUAGGUGAGCCAUAUAAUUUGACUGACACUACACCACUACAUGUAUGUAUACAACACCUUUCUGACACUGUACACUAAUUUGUUGAAAUAUUUCAAUAAAGUCUGCAUUAUUUUUAUGA